AUGGUGACUCGAUCUACCCCUCACUGGAUGGACCUCUGUGGCAGGAACCGGCGAUGGGUCAUCCCAGAGGCUGGCACCAGCAGGGCCAGGUGGCAUUCACCACCACCUCUACUGUCCAGAGUGAACGGCUGGUCCCCGCCACUCAACGUCCUACAGUUCCUGGCCUGGGCCAUGUUCCUGGUCAUGAUCUUCACCAGCUUUGGCAUCUUCAUCCCACUGUUGCCUGGUGUCUGGAGGUAUAUUGCAUACGGUGUGCUCGGAGGGCUGUGCCUGCUCCACUUUGUGGUUCACUUGCUCGCAGUCUCCACUGACCCUGCGGAACUGAACGUGCGGACCAAGAACUACAGCAAGUCCAUGCCCUUCUUUGACCGCUCCAAGCACCCUCACGUCAUUCAGAACCAGUACUGCAACCUGUGCCAGAUCACCGUGAGUGCAAAAGCCAAACACUGUAGUGCCUGCAACAAGUGCAUUGCUGGUUUCGACCACCACUGCAAGUGGCUGAACAACUGUGUGGGCAGCAGAAACUACUGGUAUUUUUUCAGCUCUGUUGCCUCGGCGGUGGUGGGCCUCUGCUGCCUGGUGGCGGUCCUCCUGUACAUCUUCAUCCAGUACAAAAUGGGCCAGGAGGAGCUCCGCACUGACCCCCACUUUGCAGAAAUCACGGACAAGGACACCUGGCUGCUCUUCCUCCCCUUCCUCCCCACGAGGACGAAGGCCCUGGUGCUCCUGGUCACUGGGAUGGCCGUGCUGGUGCUGGACCUCAUCACCCUUCUGCUGCUUGGACCACUGCUCCUGUUCCAUAUCUACCUCCGUGCAGACAAGCCCAAGAAGUUAGUGCCUCCACCUGCCAGAUACCCAACUGAGUGCUCCAGCGGCACGCUCCAGCCUGCAAGCAUCUCCCAGCCAAAGGUAAGCCCAGAGCUGCUGGUACUGUGCAUCCACGAAGGAGUGGAGUUACCCUCACUGCCUCACUCCUUCAACUUGGAGGCCUUCUCAUCUAUCGAGAUCCCACCAGGGGACACAGCCCUGGAGAGCCUCAUGCUGUUAUAUUCUCGGAACCUGAGCAUCUCAAAUAUAUCAUCACAGAAAUUCCAGAGUCUCCUCCGGAAGAGUCAGAAGUCAUGCAAAUCCAUGUCCACCAUCAUGAGCCAGAGCAGCAAGGAGGAGGAGAAGGGGGAGGAGCAGGUCAUCCGAGAGGUGUACUGUUUUCACAGUGACCAAUCUUCAGAAGGCCUCAAGGAGGGGAUUCUGGGUGGAUCCUCACUGUCCAGCUCAGCAACCUCAGGCCUCCUUGGGGCUCAGAGGGAGGCAAGUCGCCACCUGCCCCCUGAUCCCAGUCUGGAGCCUGGUGGCCCCUCAGGGAAGGCGUUCAUGCAGUCACUCGACCAUCCGGUAGGACCCACAUCAUCUCAGGACUACAGGAUGCCGGUGCUGACCUUGGACAGGGCUCAACACUGGGAUGCCUUCUUCACCAGCACUGUCACCGUCACCAGUGGGACCACUGAUCGAGGGCGGCAAGAAGUUGAUGCUCACCUUUGA